AUGCAUGAUCCAUUGCUAUUCCCUGUUCUAAAGGACACCAAUGAACCUGAAAAAGAGUUAGACAAAAUGAGGAAAAAUUUAACUAAUGCUGUCGUGACAUCGGUGGGUCGUCAUGGCAAGUAUUUUUGGAUAAGACUACACAACCACAAUACGUGCAAUGUUUUGCUUAUGCAUUUCGGAAUGACUGGAAUGGUUAAACUACGAAACGUUCAGUCACAUUUGUCAUUUAUGGAAAAUGGCGGCGAUAAAAAGGUUUUGGAAAUGCUAGAGAGAUUUAAAUAUAAGGACAGUAAAAUUGAGCCGGACGCUGAAGUCAAGCAAGAGUGGCCCCCAAGGUUUACAAAGUUUGAUAUGGAAUUGGAAAACAAUGAGAAGAAACUAGAAUUUGCAUUUUCCGAUCCAAGAAGACUAGCGAGGGUUCGAUCACUUUCUGGUUUGGAAGUUAGUGCUGAUGAGAGUUUAUUAAAGUUGAGUCCUUUGAACGUCCUAGGUCCAGAUUACAGUAAGCCUGAUGUACCACCAAAAGAAUUAGAGAAAUUUGUAUUUGGAGAUCCUGAUUCAGACAACCACGGCCGUCCCAGAUUACCUAUUGAUGAGUUUAGUUCCCUCGUCUUGUCCAAAAAGAAACCGAUAAAGAGUCUCCUCUUGGAUCAGGCCUACUUUGCUGGUGUCGGCAAUUGGGUAGCUGAUGAAGUUUUAUUUCAAGCUCACAUACAUCCAAAUGAAAUAAUUUCAAGUAAGAUCCCUAAUGACUUGGACUAUAUUCAUCCUGUUCUACAAAAGUUGUAUGAUUCAUUGAUCUAUGUGUGUGAGGAAGCAGUUCGAGUUGAAGGUGACGUGACUAAGUUUCCGGACGACUGGCUAAUGUUGCAUCGAUGGGGCAAGGGCAGAAAAGAGAAAAGAAAAACCCCAAAUGGGCUUAUUUUAGACCACAUAACAGUUGGGGGGAGAACAAGUUGUUAUUGUCCAGCGUUGCAAAAGUUAUUAAAAGCAGAGUCAACAACAACAACAGCAACAAAAACCAAACGAAGAAAAAUCAAAAAAUAG